GUCGGUCCCAGUCAGGAAUCCCGCUGACAGAGUGUGCUAUAGGUCACACAUUAAAGGAAGGUGUGGCAUUUUUGUCAGUAAUCUGCAAACAGACCACCAAAUUUGCUGUCAUUACAGAAAUAGCUACCUAAUAAUUACUAAACAAUGAUUGUUUAGUUAGUUUUCAUGCUCAAUCUUCAUGUUUUGUGGCCCGGAUUAGGAUUCACAAGUACAUGAUAGGACAUGAUGCACUAACUGAUAAAAAGUGGGUGUUGUAAGCCUGGUUUACAAAACCCACUUUUAUUAUGCCUUUGACAGCAGGUUAAUGAUGAUGCAUGUAGCUCUACCUCACUACAAGCUGGCACUACAGACAGUUUCAGCUCCACUGCAGCAUGCAGAGCCAAACAAAGGCAUCCACACGUGCAGACCCUCCCCGUACACACUGCUGCCCCUCACCUAUAUACCAUGCAGGCUACAUUUCAUCCUGAGGCAUUGUCUAAAUACUGCAAGAUUUUGUUUUGCUUUUAAGGACUGAACACAUGAGUCAUUUUUGUAAUACAGUGCCCUUUGAGCUGCACAGGGAAUGAUCAACCUACUAAUCAUUGUCAUGCACUGCCCAUUCAUCCUAUGAGGGAAUUGUACUGCUAACCCUGGCCGUGUUGUUGACAUGCUGCACUCUUUGACCCACCGUACGUAAAGAAUGGCCCCAAAACCCUGGUGGCGUUCGCUGGCUCACGCUUCCAGCAAUGAAUAGAGGCUCAGUAGGUAAAGCAUGGCACCAAUGCCAGGAAUUUCAGCCCUUCACUGAACUAUGAGGAAAAUAUGCCGCUGAACUGUGCUUUCCUGCUGGGUGGGAUAAACUGAGUUGGAGCUUUUGCUGUUACUGAAGAAGUACAUGCUGUAACAUUGCUCUGUUCUGAAGAACAAUAAAACUAGUCGUCCCCUCAAAAGAUUAGAUUAGUUUGUGUCUGGACAUACUCUUCGGUGUACUCUUGCUUCGCACCAGUGUGCGCUUUUUUCUGUUUGUAUGCUGUGUGUGUGUGUGUCAAUGUCCCUGGCACAGCUGUAUACUGAGGCUGCCAGCUGGCAGUGUGGAUGGUGUCAGUGAACGAUGGGUUAGUUGGGGGAGCUGUCCCAGAGUCCUCUGCCUGAGACGUUGCUGUUGUGGGGUAAAGGGCUCGCAGUUGUGACAUUCAAGACUUGCUCUCUGUCUCUAAAUCUCUUUCUCUCUGCAUUUUGUACAGACAAAGAGAGCUGAGAGCUUUUUUAUCCAUGCUAGCAGCGUGGGCUCGAGGGAUGGCAAUGUCAGCCGGGCCUCCACUUUGGUCCAGACUGAUAUAUCUCAACAACUAUUGGAUGGAUUACCCUGACAUUUGGUACAGCCAUUUACGGUCCCUAGAGGAUGAAUGCUAUUGACUUGGGUGAUCCCCUGAUGUUUCCUGUAGCGACAACAUGAGCACCAUCAUCAGGCUGCGGCUCCAUGAGGCAAAGGUGAUCAAGGAUCGGCGGCACCACCUGCGGACUUACCCAAACUGCUUUGUGGCCAAGGAGCUCAUUGAUUGGCUGAUCGAACACAAGGAGGCCUCAGACCGAGACACCGCCAUCAAGAUCAUGCAGAAACUUUUAGACCAGAGCAUCAUUCACCAUGUGUGUGACGAGCACCGGGAGUUCAAAGACCUGAAGCUGUUCUACCGCUUCCGAAAAGACGACGGCACGUUCCCAUUGGACAGUGAAGCCAAAGUCUUCAUGAGGGGGCAGAGGAUCUAUGAGAAGUUGAUGAACACAGAAAACAGCCUAUUACAAACCAGGGAGGAGGAGGGCGGGACAUUUGAGCGGGCGCUUCUGGCCUCUGAGUUCAUCAACUGGCUGCUACAGGAGGGGGAGAUGGCAACCAGGGAGGAGGCAGAGAGGCUGGGACGGAGGCUUCUUGAACAUGGCAUCAUCCAGCAUGUCACCAACAAGCAUCACUUUGCCGACGGGCCCCUCCUCUACCAGUUCAGGAUGAAUUUCCGCCGCCGACGGCGGUUGAUCGAACUUCUUCACGAGCGCAGCCGCUGUAUCCCCGAGAGUCACGACAGCCCCUUCUGUCUCCGCAAACAGAACUCCGAUGGAGGCAACACCAGCUUCCUCUCAGUGAGUCCCACUAAAGAGAUUAAAGUGGCGGUCGGAGUCCGGCGGAGCAGCUUGAGCAGCAGCUGUGGCAGCAGCGGUUAUUACAGCAGCAGUCCAACACUCAGCAGCAGUCCACCUGUCCUUUGCAACCCCAAGUCUGUUCUGAAAAGACAAGUGAGUCCAGAGGAGCUGCAGACACCAGGAGGACCUUUUAUAAAGAAGACAUUCACUAUUGUAGGUGAUGCUGUGGGCUGGGGCUUUGUGGUGCGAGGCAGCAAACCCUGUCACAUCCAGGCCGUGGACCCUGGUGGACCUGCGGCCGCUGCUGGCAUGAAGGUGUGUCACUUUGUGGUGUCGGUGAACGGACUGAAUGUGCUCUCUCACGACUACCGGACCGUCAGCAACCUGAUCCUAACCGGACCCAGGACAAUCGUCAUGGAGGUGAUGGAGGAGGCAUAAGUUGGAGAAGAGCUGCGACAGAAUUCCUCAUAGCUGAGUAGUGCAGUAAUAACAUGGGGACUAGAAGGUUUAGUACUUGACCUCAAAACCACAGCGACAGAGCAACAUGGACGUGUUGAAACAAAACUCCCACUCUCUGUUCCAACAUUGUUUGAACAAAGUGGACGAUUGAGAGACGCAGUGUGUUUAAGAAUGUGUGUAUUCAAGUCAAGAUAAUGAUUCAACCUGUAGACAAAACACGCAGGUUGUACUUGAAUUUUUAUUUUUUAUUUAGAACAGCACACAUAAAAGAGUGAAAGUUCCAAGAGCCACCACUUCAACAGACAGUGAUCCAACUUCUUCAAACUUCCCACAAAGACUCUCAGUCUUAAUGAAGAGGCCCCAGACUUUAUGCGCAGAACAGGAAGAGCUAUGUUCCCGGUUUUUAUUUGAGUUCCGAACCAGAACCGUUUCAUGAAUCAGUUGCUGGACACAACAAGUGUUUUAAGAACGAGAGAUGGAGUUUGUCAUUAGAAGCAAAAAUUGAACCAGUACAAGCUGGGACUGAAACAUUAAGGAAUAAUAUUUCAUGCUGACACAUUCAGUGACCUCUCCCCCAGUUAGUUUCCAACCAUGGACUGAAGCUACUGAUGGCUCAACACUGCCCUCUGCUGAGGAAGACAGGAAGACACACACACAGAGAGGGAGCAUUUAUACAACAACUAUGUCAAUCCCAAGUUUUGUUUAGUUGUUUUUUUUCCCCCUUGCUUGUGGAACCAGUGAGUAAAAUAGAAAAAAGACAAAUUUGUGGG